AUGUACGAAGGGAUUGACAACUUGAAAUCCCUUUACGACCGUGCCGGGAAGACUUUCUCCGGCGGUCCUUCUGCGGCACAGGAUGUGUCGCGUCGUACUGCUCGACCAGACCCAGUACGUCAACCAUCAAUUGGGAGCGGGGCUCCCAAGAAUCCCAGGACGGGGGAUAGCCGCGCCACCGGACGAGGUAACUCGUCCGACGUCCGUUCACUUCGCGGUGGUUCAACAGCUGCUCAACUAGAUAGCGCUGGCCACCGCGAGAGUCCUCUAAUGGAGGUGGAGGAGGAGGAAAGACGCUCUCCACACGAUCAUGUGGAUCGGUGUGUUCCCGAGAGCUUCUUUGAUCGCGUAACGCAAGGGUUACGCGACGAUCUCGAGCAUGAGCGGAAUAGGCGUCUCCAGAUGGUGGACACUGCCUUGAAGCAUCGAGCUGAGUUUGCCUUUGCUCAGCUUGAGAACGAGAGAUCUCUGACAUCUCUUCGUGACGAGCUAAGGGUAGCUCGUGGGAUUGUUGAUCGGUCUCGGGCUGAGAUAACUGCUCUUCAGACCCUUGUUGAUGCCCACCAUCGGGAGCACAAGGCUCUCUGCGAGAUGCUUGAGCGCAAGGGCGUUCUUCAUCGGAAGAAGCAGCGUACUGAUGGUACGGCUUAA